UCCGAAUCUGAUUUCAUUCAUGUCUUGGAUGGAGCAUAGUAGUACGUUUCGUGAAUUGAUCAAAGUAGGACUUUGAGAGAAUUGUUGAAGUUCUUACGCAAUUUCCUUAUUGAGCUAUACGUAAGCAGUGACUUUCAUCUGAGAAAGAUUUCAAAUUAAUUUUAUUUUUGAACUUUAAUACCAAUUGUUUAAAAGAAUAACAAAACCAUGUAUAUCGAAGGCAUUACCGUUUUAGUGAUUUUCAAUUUUUGUGUCAGCACCAGACUACCUCUGGAAGUUUUUCAAAGAUAUCCUACGGAACAUCACCAUCAUAAUCAUAAAAAUCAUUUGAACAGUGCAAAUUUCCAUAGAAAAAAACUACAAGACCUCACAUCAAUGAAAGUGUUAUAUCAAGUCGGUACGUCCGAAGAUGAUCUUCCAGAGUGCAACACUAGAUCAAUCUGCAACAAAGUGGACCUAUACGACUCUCCGUGGGUAGAAAAGCAAUGCAGGUGUACAGGUGGAAAAACAUGUCCCAUGGAUCUUUCAACUGACGAUGAUCGUACUUUUGUUGAAAAAACCAGACAAUAUAAAGUUUGCGAACCUAUUAAAAAAUUGCCGAAAUGCAAAUAUUUCCGGGAUACGACCUGGUCGAUUACUUUGUACCAGAACAACGUUACAGAUCAAGUAAUUCACUGUCACUGCCCGAAGAAUUCCUUAACGUACCUAAACAAGAGAAGCGUACAACAUUUGCCAAAUGGUCAACUAGCAUUUCAGUACCUCUUCUCAUGCUCUCCGCAAGCGAGACUAAGAUGCCAGCGAAAGGAACCUUGUCGCUUGUUUACAGUCCGCAAACGUCAAGAAUUCUUGGACGAAGUGAAUGUAAACACCCUGUGCCAAUGCCCCCAUGCUCACAGAUGCCCGCACCACCACACGGACUAUGGCGUGAUCUCCGUGAAAAGCUUUAGCGAAGACAUUAUUAAAACCUACAGCGGGUACUGUCUUCCUUCGUAAUGCCUCACUAGAUGUCGCCGAGCGACUAGUUUGGUACUAGCUGGUAGAGCUUGUUGCGUUUCAAAUUUUGUGCCUAUGAGAGAUUUUAUAUUAUAUUACUUGUUAGUGUGAUGGUUUUUUUAAUUUGUUGUUUUUGGUAUACAUGUCGCAAUAUUUAUAAAUAUUCAUAUUAAGAUUGUAUGGUCGCAGAAUGCUUCAGCCACAUACCAAAUUUUACCUGAUUCAAAUCCAUCAAAUAAUAAAUAAAAUCCCAAUGUUUCUUCUAUAAUUUCACAGAAUAUGAGGAUUAUACUGCGACUAUGUUAAAAUGUACUACAAAAUAAUGUUACUUAUAAAACUACUAUAUUCUUGUUUUUGUUACUUAAUAAUAUUAGGUAAUGCCACUCUUGCAGUUGUCAUUUCUGUAGGGCUUUAGUCAUAAUUUAUUUAUAGAUACACACAAUGUAAGUAGUAUAACACGUACACCUAUAAUUGCUCACAAUGCCCAGAAUGGUAGAACUUUUCUAAGAUAAUACACAUUCCGUUUUAAAGGCUUUAAAAAAAUAGUAUUUUCUCUAUAUUUAUUGGUAUUUAUUUGAGACAGAAAAGCCAAUAUGGCGUCUAAGCGUAUUUAUUUUUUAAGGUUCAAACUUUUGUAAAUAGCUCCUUUUUAUAUUAGAAUUAUGUAAAGAGGAAGGUAAUAAGCCAUAAAUUUCGAAGUUUAAAACAAAACUGGUAAAUUCAAAGUCUUGUAAAUCGCAAACUUUCAGAUUAUCUUGAAAAAAAGAUAUAGACUUUGAUACACGUCUACUCAAGCAAAGCUUUACUUUGAUGUCUCUUGGGAAAUUAUACAUCAUAAAUCACUCUUUGAUUAUGUAAAAAAUAUAUUUGUAUUUUAGGUUCACCCAAGAAGACGCAUUUUAAGAUUCGGUACCUUCUUUUAACAAUGGUUUGAUAGGUAGAUGUUAAACAUAUAGUUUAAUUUAAUGCAGUUUAAAGUUCUAUUGUUUUAGUUUUACUGUCAAAAUGUACAAAAUAUAUUAGCAUUUUUUUUAA